AUCUUUUAUGGAACAAAAUUUGGUAUCGAUCAUUGCUACAUAUUGUCUGUUUACUACACUAAACAGUCACAAACGUUGACAAACGAUUAAUAGUUUGGUAUUGAUUGAUAUGUAUAUUCGAUACUUGUGACAGACCUUUAGAUAUGGGGGAGUGAACCGAACACAGGUAAUCAUCUUAUCUAUCCGCACGCACAAUCAUACAAUGAUGUGAUGAUUUCACCGUUAUUUUCAGCAAUCAGCAAAUUAAACUGUAGAAAGGAAUUAGUUAAGAAGAUAAACAUCACUUGGAAUUGAGGAGCAGUUUGAAGUUUCCGUUAUUAAGCUGCCCCCUCGGACACCAUGCCGGGUCAAGUCUACAACAUCCCGGUCAUCCAGCCGGACCUCCGACGAGAGGAGACAAUCCAACAAAUAGCCGACGCCCUGGACUACAUGGAAAAAGUUGCCAAUGAUGUCUUUGACCGCAUCACUGCCCGAGUCACGGACAACCACACCCGUCUUGAAGGGAUCAACAAGAGACUGGACGUCGCCCAGGCCAAAGUCGACAAAAUCAAAGACACACGGAAAGCCAUCAAGGUGUUCUCGAGUGCCAAGUACCCUGCACCGGACAGUCACCUGACCUACAAGUCGGUGUUUGAAGGGACGAAAGAUUUGAACCAGAUUAAGCGACCUGUAAGGAAACUGAUCAGUAAACAUCAGAAUUUAGACGGUCGAGCCUUGAGGGAGAAACUGCAGUUUUAUAAUGUUCAGUUGAACAUCCGGAAGGAUCGGGAUUCAGAGAGCUCGUGGGAAGGUCUUGGUGGUUUACCCAAACAUGUGGAAUCAAUCAAUUCACUGCUGCUGUUCAAUACUAGUGAGAAUCCGUACAAGAAAUAUGUGAUGAUCGAUCCGCUGGGAGCGGUGACCAAAACAAGGAAGGCAAUCGAGGAGGAGCAGGAGGAAGGCAUUGGAGCAGCCCCGAUGUCCAUCACACAGAGAGAGCAGAUGGAGAGGCAGGGGUUAGAGAAUUACUUCUAUGUCCCUGACCUCGGGGAUGUGCCGGAGAUCGAUGUACCGAACUACCUCCCAGAUUUACCCGGAGUUGCUGAUGACCUGAGCUACAGUGCAGACCUGGGGCCCUCAAUCGCACCCUCGUUACCCGGGAGUAAUGUUCCAGAGUUGCCAAGUGUCAUCCCUGAAAUUGGAGGCUUACCAAGUACCCCAGCAACCAAUCUCCCGGCCCUUCCUGCUCCGGAAAGUAGUUUUGCCCCACCUCCGCCUGGCGGGGCAGUUGCUCCUCCGCCACCCCCACCCCCACCUCCGCCUCCCCCUCCAGGCCCGCCGGGGGAAGCAGGUGGGGCGCCACCCCCACCACCACCACCUCCUCCAACUUCUGCUCCUCAAGCAGCUCCUGCUGAGAAGGCAGCACCUGCCGACGGCCGCGCCAACCUGAUGGAAUCCAUCCGUAUGGCCGGUGGCAAGGGCCUUCUUAGGGACGUCAAGGAACGCAAGAUGGAGAAGAAACAGAAGAAGCAGAGUCAGGCAGUUACAGGAAUGAGUCUGAUGGAUGAUCUUUCCUCUAAGCUGUCACUCCGACGUAAAGGCAUCUCAGGCUCACGCCAGGCAGGAGGAGGAGGGGGAGGAGGUGGAGCGGAUGAUAGUAGAAUGAACGGGAAUUCAGGCUCUACAAUGGACAAGCUCUCAGCUAUGAUUCCACCUCCACCAAAACCAAACAGGAGUCGAUCAAACACGACAAACUCUUUUGAAGAGGAUUGGGACUAAACAUCAGGAAGGAAUACUCCAUUGAUCAUAUCAGAGAAAUUAUUGUAUAAAACAUUACAUUCCUGCCCAAUCUAUUUGUCUACCUAACAACUCUUGUUCCUUAAGGUUGGGAAGGAAGUACAUACUGCUCUACCAUUCAGGUUCCUAGUGAACGAUACCCAUGCUUAAACAUCAUUACACACUGUGACACUGUGAAGGGGGUAACCCUGUUUCAGCCCCAGAAAUAGGUGUUAAGGCCCCUUGUGGCAGUUGAUCUGGGUCGAAAGCCCAAAGCAGUUAAGUGUAGCACUCACCUUGAAGUGGCCGUCCUUGGCCUUGUGGUGUUAGGUGAUAUCUCAUAAAAAAAUAUAAACCAAUAUUGAAGGCAGUGGAAACUAUUGGUAAUUACUCAAAAUACAUGUA